AUGUGUUAUAAUGGGCAUUUGUUGAAAGUUGUUUCAUUUUUGCUAAUAUUUGGUCUUUUCUAUUCUCUGCCUUCAAUUUUAACUAGCAUAUACCUUAAUAUCCUAACUUUUCUCACUGUUUUCAUAACUUAUAAACUUAUAACAAUAAAGCUACCCAAGAAAAAUGAUCCAAUUAUCAAGAAAUUGAAACUCAAACCAAAUGCAAGAUAUGAACAAUACAAUAACAAUGUGGGGCUUAAACUACCUUCUAUAGAUAAUAACUUAUCGGUAAAAACAGAAUUAGGACUAACUAUAGAUUUAAUCAUCAGCUCUUUUGUGAUGAGUUGGUUCGAAAGGAUUAAUGAUAGUAGCAAUUCUGAAUUCCCAACAAUCGUUAAGAGUAUAUUAACUGGUGCUGUUGAUAAUAUACAAUUAUCCUUAAGCAAAUGUGAUAUUGCAUCUAUCGUAUUAUUCAAAAUAGUUCCAAUUUUAACAAAAUAUAUCUCUGUAUUCAAUGAAUCUAAAAGGAUAAUACUAAAGGGCUCAUCUGUAAGGGGUGUAAAAUAUGGUAAUAUCGAUUUGAAUUUGGCUGUAGAAUUCAACAAAAGACACAGACUUCACCACUCACUGUCCCUUAGAACUAAAAAACAUCUAAUUGAUGUAGACACUCAUAUCAAGAAUAAGAUUAUAGUUCUUCUACCACUGUUAAUUCCAAAAGAUGAAUUGUCGUCUCCAUAUAUUAAUAUCCUUUUGAGAGAAAUAUUGAGUUCAUGUGUCUUGGUCCCAUUAAUAUUGAAAUUCUCUAAUCCAGACACUUGGAAUCUUAAAAUUAUCGAACUAUCAACAAAAAUAUUGGAAGAAAGGGAAAAAAUCGAUCAAGUAAAGAAAUUACUAUCUGAUAAAAUUGAUUUGGAAACUUCUCAUCGUAAAAUUAGUCCUGAUAAAUUAAAUCUUUUCAGUAUGGAUGCACAUUUCCAAGAAAAUUCAUCUUCAGAACAUUUUGAACACUACUUGAAAGGAAUUAGCAAUUUAAAUGAUGUGACACAUCUUAGAUUUGUAUUCUUUGCAAUUUUAAUCAAGAUAUCGCAAUUGAAUAAGGAAAAGAUUACUAGUAAAAAACAGGAGAAAUAUCGUGAUAGACUUCAGCUGUCGCUGAAUCUAAUCGAGACGAAAUUGAAACUUUUAAGGCAACAGUCAAAUAACGAUGAGUUAAAACAUAUUCCAGACCUGUCAUUAUCAAGCACCGACAAAGUAGUUGCAAUAUUUGAUUCUUUCCUUUCAUCGAUAACAUUUGAAGAUAUUCGUCAUUAUCAGGAUUUUAUGAGUUCAUUCAAAAACUUUUUAAGAGAAAGUAAUUAUGAAAAAGGUAUGGUAUAUUUUAAAUUUUGGGAAAUUGUGGAAGAAAUAAAAAACCCUUUAGAAGAUAUUAACAAUAGAGAAUUUUCAGUAAGCUUUACAAAUUCUGAACUGAAUAGAUUAAAAAAUAUAUCGUCAGUAUUAACAGCCAAUGAAUUGGAUAUUUUAAAGAAUUUAGACGAUGGACUUGUCGAAAAUAUUUCUAUCUUUCAUGAAGAUAAUGGCAAAGUAGAAGAAACUACAAUAAUGUUGAUUCGGAAAAGUCUGUUAUUAUUACAAGAUGAAGCAAGAAAGUCAUUGGAAAAUGAUUAUUUAACUUCAUUUAAAAAUACUGAAAAGUUUUUGUUACUUUUAUCUGAAACUAAUAGAUCGACUGUCUCAUUAUUUUCUAAAUUUUUUAAGACGCAAGACAGCACGUCUACGUUUUUAUUGUCAUCCAAUCCAUAUUCUCUGCUCAAUACUCUUUUAACUAUGCAUACAUCAGUAAAAUCGACUUCAAGUACUUCCAAUACCUUUGAAUCGUCACUGUUAUCCACACUUUUAUCAACAGAUAUGAAUAAUGUUGAUGAAAUAGAAUCCAAUAUAUUGAAUUUAGACAAUGUCAAAGCAAGAGCAACCAAGAAAGAAGAAGUCUCAAAACCUAAAACUACUAAUAAACGACACUCUAGUGUCAUCAGCAUUGGAUUUAAUUUAAAAAACGAAACACACUUAAACGUCAAGGAAGAGAUUGCAAAUAUUACAAUGUUAAUUGAUCGUUUGGAAAAAGAACUUCAACUAUUAAGUCAUUUGAUCUUAAAGGCUAACUUAACCGAUAAUCAAUCAGAACUGAAACUAUUAGAAAAAUCGCAAAGAUCUAUAAAAAAGGAUUUGGAAAAAUAUGAAUUGUUGCACCAACGUUAUACUAUUCAGGAUAAUACCAAUAGAUUAUUCCAGAAAAGUGAUGUCUUUGUCAGAUCACAUUUUAUAGAUUAUCAAACUGAAAACGGCCCAGAAAUUGUCUAUUAUUUAAUUAAUAUCAAAUUUGAUUAUAGAAUAAAUCAGAAGUCAUGGAAAAUUGCCAGAAGAUUUAGUGAAUUUGUUAAAUUAUAUUCUUACUUAAAUGACAAACAUGGUAAUUUAUUCAAGAAACUAAAUUGCAAGCUAGAUUUCCCUCAGAGAAUCAAUAUUUCUUUUCGAUUCCAUGUUUCAAAAACAUUACUGUUUGAAGAUAGGCAAAACAAGUUAGAGGCCUUUUUAAGGAAACUGAUUGUAAUUCCUGAAAUUUGUGAUGAUGAAAUAUUUCGAAAAUUUUUAACUGAUAGUAGAUCAUUUACUAUUGAUAAAAAGUCCCAAAGUAAAGUGACUUCUAAAGCAUUGAAUAUUAAUAGUGGCGUUAUUAAAAGAUCAAGCUCUGACAUGCUUUUGGAUAUUGUAGAUGAUGAUUUUGAAGAUACAGAUAUAGUCAAUGAUCAUUAUUAUCAUUCUCAUUCUGGUCAUGAAGAAGGAUUUAAUUCUCAUGAAGAAGAAGUGUCAUAUGUAAAGCCCAUAUGCAAUUUAUUCCUUUCCAUAUUUUCUGCAAAUAAUGAUGAUACAACUUGGAUACGUGGGAAGGCUAUUGUUGCAGUAUUACGACAGUUGCUUGGUAACACCAUUGAUAAGUUUGUUAAAUCUACAGUUAUGAAAUAUCAAAGUGAAGAGGCAUUAUCAAGAAUAAUAGUUGAUCUACGAGAUUCUAUCUGGGGUGCAGAUGGAUUACUUGACAAAAAAAACAAUGAGAUAAAGAUGGAAAGAUCAGUUAUAGAACUUAACAAAAGCCAAGCAGAUGCCCAAUUAUUACUACAGUCAUUAUUUAUUGAACUUACAGGGAAAGUUGUCGGGUUAAGAAGUUCUAGAGAAGCUGCACUUAAAAUACAUGGAAUGGUUCAGAAUCCAUAUAUUAAUACAAGCUUAAUAUUAGAGAUAUUAGAUGUCAUUAUCGAUGAGGUUUUUUUGAAGUCGGAUAGUUAA